GUGGUCUGUGGUUUCAUGGUUUGGUUGCUUCAUUUGUGGUCUGUGGUUUGGUUGGUUAUUUUUGUGCAGUGAAAUAGUCGGAAUUAUUUGUAGAAUUGAAUUUUUAGUAAUUAAACGAAAAGCUUAUCACAGUAGUCCAUUAUUACGUAGCUCAGACUUGAUUACUAAGCAGCAUACAGCAACGAUGAACCGCACUACAAAACAUCGGAACUGUAAUUUUACGCAGACAACAGGCGCUGACCAGUGUGACUCGUACAUACAUCGCACUGAUGAAGAGGAACAGACAGCAGCAGAGGAAUCUGUAGUGAGAGAUGUUGCAACAGUUGUGGUGAAAAAUGAAUACAGUUCUGACUUCAUGUCAAGUGCCGAUAACUUGGACUGGGAAUCUGACUUGAGCGUAAAGGUGGAAGAGUGGCCACUGGAUGAGGCUAGAAGUGAAGAUCUUCAUAAUAAUGCAGCAGCUUCCUGUAAUACACAGAAUCUCUUAAAUAGUGAGAGUAUCACCUUUGGAUGCACCCUUUGUAAUGAGGAAUAUGUACAAGAAGAUGCAUACAAUGAACAUAUGAUCAUGCAUCUCCAGGACACUGCAUGUGAUGCAUCACAUGUGUGCGAGCCUCGUGCAGCUGUGAGCCGCAGCUGUGACUCACUCGUGCUGCAGAACAACCGGAAGUCCUUUGCGGAGGAGUUGAAAGAGAUCAGGGCGCAAGAUCGUAAGCGUCGCGCCAACUUAAACCCUGACCAGCAACAACUGACAAACAAGCGAGACAGGAAACAGGACGCCCCAAAGUCGAAAAAAGGAAAAGGCAAGGAACAGGGUGAUAAUUCCCGUAUUUGGGUUGCUAGCCCUUUGGCACCAGGCACCCCUUCUGUGCCUCCUGCGGAAUCAAUUGGCUUGUGGAAGGUGCCUCGUGAUUUGAACGUCAUUAUUGAGGACAGUGACAAUGAAGUUGAGGACUCUCCGCACAAAUCGUUGCCGAAGCGGAUAAAAAGAGACGUUGGAGUUGCACCGGAUUGGUCUAUCCAGGACGAUAUCGCGCCCAUUAUGUUACCGCCAUCCACGGGCAUGGUGCAGGUGACUGAGCCGCCUGUGAAUCCAGUACCUACUUUUGAAUUCAUUGGACUCUCACCUAAGUCCAGCUCGACGCCGGGGUCUGCCGUGUCACAGGAAAUUGAUGACAAUCUUGUCUGCGAUCCAAUCUUCGUUCAGGAGGCUAGUGACAGUGGCAGCGAUAGCGAAACGGAGGGACGGAGGACUGAGUGUAACUAUACCUCACACCACGAUAACGACGUCAAUGACACUCUUGUUGAGGACGUCGCUCGGUUGGGUGCUUGUGAAGACAUAGCCCUCCGAGCCCUGACCGAGGACAAUGACUUGUUACAUUUCGAUUGGCGUGGCGACAUCGACAACUUCAAGGGUGAAAGGGAAACUUUCACCGCAUCUGCUGGACCGACAUUCGACGUCACGGGACAAACUCCCUUUGGGGUUUUUUCGAAAAUCUGGGACGCCCAAAUAAUCGACCUCAUCGUUCGCGAAACCAAUCGCUAUGCGAGUCGAGCUUUGCGAGUGUCGACAUCGGGCGCCAGGAUUUCCCAAUGGAAGGACACCUCUGCUGAGGAAAUCUGGAGGUUCCUCGCGAUCUUGAUGCUGCAGUCCUUGGUCGUGAACAAUGUGGACCGCGAAUAUUGGUAUCCCAAAUUCAAACAGCUAAGAAUUGGGGAGUUUGACAAAAUAAUGCCAUACAAUCGCUUCUUGUUGGUGAAGAAAUGCUUGCAUUUCGUGGACAAUGACUCCUUGCCCAAACAUCCCUCCAAGCUACAUAAGAUUAUGCCAGUCAUUGACCACUUGAACAAACAGUUCAGCUCUUUAUAUCUGCCAGAGCAAAAUGUUGUGAUCGACGAGUCGCUCCUUUUAUGGAAGGGGCGACUUUCGUUCGCUCAGUUGAUCGCAACAAAAAAAGCGAAGAUAGGUGUGAAGAGCUUUGAAUUGUGCGAGUCGAGGACGGGCUAUCUGUGGAGAAUGGUGGUGUAUGCGGGGAAGAGUCAGCUCCAGGCGCAACAAGAAGCGAUUGAACGCGAUCAGGGUUACGACUUGGAGAAUGCCACGUCCAAGAUUGUGUUUAGCUUGAUGAGACCCUUGUUCGGCAAAGGCCACACCGUUGUGAUGGACAGCUAUUACAAUGCGCCGCUUUUGUCGAGGGUCCUGAAAGCUAAACACAGAACUGACACCAUGGGCACUCUCCGACUCUACAGGGAGUUCGUCCCCGAAGCGCUGAAGAGAAAAACGAGUAGUAAUAUGCGUCAAGGCGAGGUCUGUGUCAGAACGACCCGCGAUUUGAGUGUGAUCGUGUGGAAAGAUAGAAGCGCAGUAGCGUUGAUAUCGACUUUCCACCGUCCAGUGGAUGCCGGAAAAGAUAAACACGGGUUAUAUAAAAACAAACCCAAAGUUGUGCUGGACUACAACCUCUGUAUGGCCGGCGUUGAUCAUAAAGAUCAAAUGCUGGACGCCUUCCCCAUGGAGAGGUCCAGAAACGUAUUCUGGUACAAGAAACUAUUCCGGAGACUUCUGAACGUGUCGAUACACAACGCUAUGGUUAUCUUUAACCACGGUCGAACUUCUUUGGGCAACAGAGACUUCAGAGUCAAGUUGGUCGAGCAGGUGCUACAGACCUACUGCCCUGGAUCGCUGAACACGCAGGCGUCACCCGCUCCGCCAACGCCGGAUUUCCAUAUACCAGACAGGAAUGCGACUAGGAAACGUUGCAAGUUGUGCUACCAAGCUAAACUCCAAAAGACAACGAUGUGGCGCUGUAACACGUGCCGAGUUAAUCUGUGCAUUCUGGGCUGUUAUCGCUUAUACCAUGAAAAAUAUAUGUAUAAGUAAAGUCUCAAUCGUCACUAUGACGAUUGGAGUAGCAUAACAACAUCGUGGUGCCCAAGGGAGGAAAAAAGAAAAAGAGGCAGACCAAUUAGUAGAUGGAAAGACGAUCUGAUUGCCUUUGAAGGGACAUACUGGACCCGAUCAGCAAUGGAAAGGACACAAUGGAAGAGGAAGGGGGAGGCCUUUGCCCAGCAGUGGGAUGAAAUUUAACUGUGAAGCAUGUAAUAAAUAUUAUGUAAUUUAGAUUGUAAAGGCUUAAAUAAAUAAAUAAAUAAAGUCUCAAUCAAGUUUUUCAAGUUGAAAAACCAAUCCAGUUCAAGGUCAAAUUGAUUGGAUCGCAUCUGAAAGUGCGCAUCUGGAAUAUCGCGGAGGAUUGUUUGAAAAACAAUAAAUGACAAUUGUCUAUACUUAUUUCAAACAACACAACUUGAAUGACAAUGCAAAAGUGUAUUAAAUAUCGCGGAGGAUUGUUUGAAAAACAAUAAAUGGCAAUUGUCUAUACUUAUUUCAAACAACACAACUUAAAUGACAAUGCAAAAGUGUAUUAAACAUCGCGGAGAAUUGUUUGGAAAACAAUAAAUGGCAAUUGUCUAUACUUAUUUCAAACAACACAACUUAAAUGACAAUGCAAAAGUUUAUUAAAUAUCGCGGAGAAUAGGGAUGAUGACAGUUCUUUACAUUGUAUAUAAAUUAAGAGUAGGUAUGCUAAUAAAUUUUCAUAUUUUUUCAGUUGUUGUAGGUGAUUUUGAUGUGUUUUUAUUUUUAUUUACAUAUGCUGUAUUAUUAAUUGUACAAGUAUUGUACAAGUAAGAUUUUCUAUUUAUUAUAGGUACAUAUUUAUUUUAUACAUUAAGAAAUAAAUACACAUCACAUUAUAAAUUCAUAUAAAAAUCACAUCUGUAGUUUAAUUAAUACUUAAUUAUUAUUUUUAAACAUAUUUGCUGCUUCUAAUUGAAUUUAAUUCACUUGAAUUGAAUUUGUUCACAUUUUUUAUUUUUUAUGUUAGCUGUGACGUCACGGGUCUCGGCUGAAAAUCAGCGCAGAGUAUUAUGCUUUUAUAUAGUAGGUACACGACAUAUGCUGAGAUGUACACCCUUUCUUUUUUUAGGGUUACAGACAGACAUGCUGUCUUUAGGGAAGGAUACUGUUUGUAACUUUUAAAUUUGAAUAAUUUUUUUUGUAUUUUUUUUAUUUCAAGCCUAAAAGUGGUAUUUUUGCAUCUUUGGCUUGAUAAAGUAUGGCGACGCUAGGUUAUUGAUUAAAAUUAAAGGGCUGUAAAUAAAUGAUUUUGUUUGGACAA